AGCGGUGCCGAUGCGCCGGCCGGUAUUGCCGCCGUCGGAGUAGGACGCGUGUAGGCCUGUCGCUUUCCCGAUCGCCAAGGAAAAAGCAGCGAGGUCGAGAGAGAGACUCGGCGUGCCGCCGCGUGAAAAGGUAUCGAACACCUCAGGAGGAUACGUGCUGACGCGCCACGGGCCUCUCGGCUCUUCUCGCACUUGGAAUCGAAAUCCGCGCGAAACCCCCGUGCGGGUUUCGCGAAGUCGCAAGAUCGCGGAGGCCGCGGACCGCGCCGGCCUCACGUCCGUCUCGGGAACGUCGCGGGGCUUCAACGUGGCCGUCGAGACGGUCCCGGCGCUACCCAGACGCACCGGCGACCGCGGAACGCGGGUGCUCGUACGCCCGAUCAACGCGAGUCGACGCGCGAGCAGCCAGGACGAGCGGGUGCAGAUUCUACUCGGACCUCAGUUUCGCGGGUCUCAGCUUACCGUAGUGCCCCGGGCCGAGCCGGACGCGAGGAUGGGCUCGAAGGACGAGUGGGACUACUUCCGGAACGGACCCAGCACGUGGGUGACGAAAUUCCCCAUGGCAGCCGGCUCGAGACAGAGUCCGGUGAACAUCGAGACCAAGCGGGUGGAGUCCGAUCACGAGGCCCUCAGCAGCAAGCCCCUGCGUUGGAAAUAUCCCGCCACAGCGUCCCGGAAGCUGGUCAAUCCCGGUUACUGCUGGCGGGUGGAUACCGACGGCGAGGGGACAUUUUUGAGCGGCGGACCGCUGAUGGACGAUGUCUACAAGCUGGAGCAGUACCACUGUCACUGGGGAUGCAGCGACUCCAGGGGAUCCGAACACACGGUCGACGGACAAGCCUUCGCCGGAGAGCUACAUCUUGUGCACUGGAACACCAGCAAAUACAAGACUUUCGCCGAAGCCGCAAAAGCUUCCGACGGUCUGGCCGUUCUUGGGGUCUUCCUUAAGGUCGGCAAAACCCACGAAGAAAUGGACAAAAUCGCGCGACUGCUGCCGUACGUCUCGCACAAGGACGAGGUCGUGGAAAUUACGGAACCUAUCGACCCCGGUAAACUUCUUCCCGAUGACAACGGGUACUGGACGUACUUGGGCUCGCUGACGACGCCGCCGUGCAACGAGAGCGUGACUUGGAUCCUCUUUAAAAAGUACAUCGAGGUGUCCCAUCAUCAGCUCAACAUCUUCCGCAAUCUGCGAAAGUUUCCACGUGGCGAGGAGUGCCCUUGCCACGAGAACCACGGAGUGGUGAUCAACAACUUCCGUCCACCGUUGCCGCUGGGAAAUCGCGUAUUGCGGGAGUGCGGGAGUUUCUGAGGGUCGGCCCCCGCCCGGAAGAUCUCAACAGACGAGAGAGACAGAAAGAGACAGAAGACGGGCUGAUUUCCGAUCCUCUCAGAGCUUUCUGCGAACCAUCGAGCCCGUACCGGCGGCGACUGAUGUGGCCGCUAACGAACCGCAACGUUCAACGUGCCUUCCGAUUAAUCCAGCGAAGACAACUCGCCCCGCGUUUCGCGAUCCGCCAGCCUCGUUUGCUUUCUCGUAGCCGACUUCGUCGCUGCCCGGGGACUUCCGCUGCGAGCAGGAAGUUCCUGUCGCGGAUACGAAUCGGGAAUACCCGAUAGCUUUAGCUCGCGCACGGCGAGCCGCAAGCUCGCCCGCGCACGCCCGUGUUAUUUGAUGCAAUUAUACAGUAAGCCGACAAGAAGUAGGCCUUACAACCUAACUGGCACCGUUAUCGAACAAUCACCGUGGAUGCAUGCAGGCGCGAAACCGAAGCGCCGAUUUUACAAAAAUUACCUUAGACCGCAAGAAAAAUGGUAAAUAGCCCGCGUCCACAUUUUACACAGCGCGUCUGCUUUUUGCCGAGACGCUGAUCCUUUUAAUACAAGGCACCCCUGACCAGCCGGAUGUUCCUCGACGGUAGGUACGCUACGCGAGUCGUUAAAAAAAUUUGCGUUGAAAAAAAUAAAUAACUACUCUGGGAGGCAACAACAGGUAAUUAUCGACUUUCAGCAUCUUCAGGAACGAUGGACUCGCGCGUUUAAACGUUCGUCUGAAUGCAACGUCACGUCCCUGAGAGAGUAAGAGAGAGGGAGACAGAGAUGAUCGUUAAUCUUAGAGUUAAUCUUAGUUAUUACUCGUCUGAGAACUGUUCGACUCAUCCUCCUUUCAGUGAUCGUCUUAAAAUCGCUCGUCGGGCGAAUCUCGAAUCUUUACGAAUAUCUUCGACGGAGAGGAAACGCGUGUUCGGUCAGGGACGCCGUAGCAGUCGCUAACAUAAAUGUAUACAUAUAUAUGCGUGUAUAUACGAGUGUGUACGUUUCAUUUUAAUCAAGGGCAAUUAUAAGAGUGAAAAGUAGUCUAACAACGUUAGAACGUUCGCUGUUCGCGCGAGGAAUAUCGCUUUCUCGCUAAUUAGUUAAUUAGAAACCGUUGCUUACACGCGUACGCGGAAUUCCGAGGAAUCGUUUGUAUCCAUGUGCGUACGGACGCGCGCGAUGAGAUGACGUGUAGCUCUGCGCUAACACGAGUGAUUAGUAAUAGUAGGGUCCUCGGUUCGAUCCCGACCCUCGUCCCGCAUAUUUUCCGUCAGGGAAAAUUUACAAAGAUUCAGCACCUGAGGGAGUUUAAGUGCCUAGUGUUGGAUUCAGUGUUUGCGAUUAAGCAUAACGAAUUUCAAGGAAUUUUUAGAAAUAAUACGCUGAUGUAACGGUUGAAAGGCGUUCCCAUAAAA